CAUGGUCCCCAGGGGUUCAGCUUAUCUCCUUUCAGGAUGGCAUUCCUGUGGGUAGUUGCGUGCCUGGCCCUUGCCAGCGCCGCCUCAGGCUGCGGGGUGCCCGCCAUCAGUCCCUCGAUAGCCUACAGCGAGAGGAUUGUCAAUGGGCAGAACGCUGUGCCCGGCUCAUGGCCCUGGCAGGUGUCCCUGCAGACCACCACAGGAUCCCACUUCUGCGGCGGCUCCUUGAUCAACGAGUACUGGGUCGUCACAGCUGCCCACUGCAACUUCAACCCGCGCAGCCACGUUGUCGUCCUCGGGGAAUACAGCCUUGCUUCCAGCACCGAGGCCGUUCAAGUGAAGACCGUGUCCAGGGCCAUCACCAACCCCGGCUGGAACCCCAACACCAUGAACAAUGACAUCACCCUGCUGAGGCUGUCCACGCCCGCCCAGCUGGGAUCCCGUGUGUCCACCAUCUGCCUGGCCCCUGCCAACCUGGUUCUGCCCUCCAACGCCAGGGCUGUCACCACCGGCUGGGGACGCACCAACCCCAACUCCCAAGCCCUGGCAACUGUCCUGCAGCAGGUGACCCUGCCCCUGAUCCCCCAGAACCAGUGCAUGCAGUACUGGGGCAAUCGCAUCACCAACGUCAUGAUCUGUGCCGGUGGGGCUGGUGCCACCUCCUGCCAGGGUGACUCUGGUGGACCUCUGGUGUACCAGACUGGGAAUGGGUGGACCUUGAUUGGCAUUGUCUCCUGGGGAACCUCCAACUGCAACAUCAACACGCCGGCCGUGUACACUCGUGUCAGCCAGUUCCGUAACUGGAUCGACACAGUUGUUGCUCAGGGGUAA